AUGGCUUCCUUGCUUCGACGGCCAGGCAACCUCGCCCGGUACUCGAGGAGAGUAGCCGACAGCGUCUUCCGCGCCGGACCGCUCACCGUGCAUGCCCCCCAAUCCCGCGUCUCGGCCCUGAUCCUCGCGCAACGAGCGCGCACAUACGCCACGCAGCAGCCCGGCGACAACGGCUCGAAGCCGCCAGCGAACGGGAAUGGCCAGAACAAGAAGACGGAGGGCACAAAUGGUCAAUCUGGCAAUGCCAAGGCGAAGAACACCCCCCAGUAUGCCAUCACACCCGAAGACGAGCAGCUGCUCAAUCGGUUCGUCGAGGAGAUGAAGACACGGAUGGAUUUCGAGCCGGCUAAAUCGAUGGUGGAGGAGAUGCGACAAAAGUGCAUGGUCUGCGGCUUGAAUCCAGACAUGAGGUCUUACAUGGAACAAGUUGUCCAAGGGAAGACUCCGUCCGUGAUGAAAUUCAUUAAAUUCGCCAGGGACGUGAGCAAUAUAUAUGACAUGAAUGAGGUGUAUAAGCAAGAACAAUCUUUAGACGCCAACAAGGGAUCUUCACAGAAAGCUACCAAUGGCAAAGAAGAUCCUGAGUCUCCUAAAAUGAAGAAACAUCUGGAUGAUCUCAGGAAAAGACGAGCAGAAGCCCGGGCGGCAUCUGGGAAAGGACAACAGCAGAAAGACGGGAAAGGACAGCCCAAUGGCGAGCCACCCAAGUUCAGCGAGAUCAAGCUUGAUGUCCCGUCAAUCUUGAUCGGUUCCCUCGUCUUCUUCUGGUUUUAUACCAGCCUGUUCCCUUCGGAGAACAAACAGGAUAUCACUUGGCAGGAGUUUAGAGCGGAUUUCCUCGAGAAGGGCUUGGUGGAGAAGCUAGUUGUGAUCAACAACAACCGAGUGCGAGUUUAUCUGGAUCGUGAUGCGGUUGCCAGCGUAUAUCCCGGCUCGCCUGCUCAGAAUGGCAGCUUCUACUAUUUCUUCAGCAUCGGUUCUGUCGACAGCUUUGAACGGAAACUUGAUGCAGCGCAGGAGGAACUCGGUAUUCCAAGCGCGGAGCGAAUUCCCGUUCAAUAUUCUGAGGAGGUUCCAUUGGCAGCUACACUUCUGUCUUUUGCUCCUACGGUCCUUCUUCUCGGCGGUCUCUUUUUCCUGUCGAGACGUGCAGGCGGCGGAGGUGGCCAGAGCGGUAUUUUCGGCAUUGGCAAAAGUCGGGCUAAACGGUUCAACCACGAGUCGGACAUCAAAAUCAAGUUCUCCGAUGUGGCUGGCAUGGACGAAGCGAAAGUGGAGAUCAUGGAGUUCGUUAGCUUUUUGAAGAACCCUAAGAAGUUUCAAAAACUGGGAGCCAAGAUUCCUCGCGGUGCUAUUCUAUCGGGCCCUCCUGGUACAGGUAAGACCUUGCUUGCCAAGGCUACUGCUGGUGAGUCUGGUGUUCCCUUCUUCAGCGUCAGCGGCUCUGAAUUCGUCGAAAUGUUUGUUGGUGUCGGUCCUUCGCGUGUGCGUGACCUCUUUGCCAAUGCCCGUAAAAACACUCCCUGCAUCAUCUUUAUCGAUGAGAUCGACGCGAUCGGCAAGUCGCGUUCAAAGAAUCACAUGGGUGGUGGAAAUGAUGAGCGCGAGAGUACUCUGAACCAAAUUCUCACCGAAAUGGAUGGUUUCAACACUUCCGAUCAAGUGGUCGUGUUGGCUGGUACGAACCGACCCGACAUUUUGGACAAGGCUUUGAUGCGUCCCGGUCGAUUCGACCGACAUAUUUCCAUCGACCGACCUACCAUGGAUGGUCGCAAGCAGAUCUUUGCUGUCUACCUGAAAAAAAUCGUGACCAAUGAGGACAUCGAGUACUUGAAAGGACGACUUGCGGCCUUGACCCCUGGAUUUGCAGGUGCUGACAUCGCGAACUGUGUGAACGAAGCGGCACUCGUUGCGGCCCGUGAAAAUGCGGAGAGCAUUACCAUGAAGCACUUCGAGCAGGCGAUCGAGCGUGUGAUCGGUGGCCUGGAAAAGAAAUCACUCGUACUCUCUCCCGAGGAAAAGCGUACAGUUGCAUACCAUGAGGCUGGACAUGCUAUCUGUGGCUGGUACUUCCGUUGGGCCGAUCCUCUUCUCAAGGUUUCUAUCAUCCCCCGUGGUCAGGGAGCCUUGGGCUACGCUCAGUACUUACCUUCCAACGGUGAUACCUACUUGAUGAACGAGAAGCAGAUGCUGGACCGUAUGGCCAUGACGCUUGGUGGCCGUGUCAGCGAAGAAUUGCACUUCGAUACCAUCACCACUGGCGCCAGUGACGAUUUCAACAAAGUAACCAGGAUGGCCACCGCCAUGGUGACCAAGUAUGGCAUGUCUCCCAGUCUUCGUUAUAUCUUCUACGAGGAGGACCCUCAAUCGCAGAUGCACAAGCCUUUCUCGGAAGAAACGGCGCGCAAUAUUGACAUGGAAGUCCGUUCAAUCAUUGCCAAGGCACACAAGCAAUGCCGCGACCUCCUUGAGGCGAAGAAGAAGGAAAUCGGCAUCGUGGCCGAAGAACUUCUGGCCAAAGAAGUUCUCAGCCGAGACGAUAUGAUUCGUCUUUUGGGGCCGCGGGAAUGGCCCGACUCUGGCGAGUUUGCCAAGUACUUCGAUGGUCGCUCUGGCGCCACGAUUGCUCCCCCCGAACCGACCCAGACGGACGACAGCGCCAAAGGAAAGGAUGGACGUGACUCAACGCCACUCCCACCAUAA